AUAUCUCUGCUUGUGCUUACUACACUCUCCUUCUGGCGGCGCCUAUUUUCAAUCUCUCUGAGGCAUUUCAUCGAACAUGUCAGCGAAGUGGCGCGCCCUGCAACACCGCCACCGCUACACCUACAGCGCCGUCGUCUUCCCCCCUUCCUUCCUCCACUCCCUCCACCACCUCCUCCCUCACUCCCCCUCCUUCCACACCACCCUCCUCCACUUCACCUCCCUCACCUCCACCUACGCCCAGCUCCACCACGCCAAGGUACUCGCCUCCUCCUUCUCCGACCUCCUCCUCCGCUCCCAACCCGAAUCCGAUCCCGCCGUCCGCAUUGCCUCCGAACUCUACUUGGAGCUCCUCUUCCUCGAAAACUCCUCCCCCUUGCACCGGACCCUUCUCUCCCCUCUCGCAAAGGUUCGAACAUUCGGUUCCGCCCUUGCUGGAUCGUUCAGGAAGCUUUGUGAGGAUUAUGGCUGCGGAAAAGGGAAGCGGUUCUCUGUGUCGCGCGCCGCGUUGUCGGUUCUGGGUAUGCCUAAGUUGGGGUGCCUGCUCGAUGUGGUCGAGGGUUGUGCUGUUUUGGUGGCUUGGAAUGUCGUUCGCGGCUUGAACGGCAUCGUUUCAGAGGCCGACGAGCUGGCUCGCCCUUCCCCUAUUGCCAUGGAGCAGUGCCAGGAGGCUCUGUCUUGCUUGUAUUACUUGCUGCAGAAGUUUCCUUCCAAGUUCAGGGAAUUGGGUGGCUCUGAGGGUGAGAAUGGUGUGGUUUCAGAAUCAGAAGUGGAAGGUUAUUCGAGUGUUAUGGAGGGGAUUGUGACUGUUGUUUUGAGAUUGUUGAAUUCCUCUGCAUUCUCCAGGGAUUGCUUUGUGGCUGCUGGGGUUGCUCUCUGUGCUGCUCUUCAAUUGUGUGUUAGUCCACAAGAGCUUGGCUUGGUUUUGAUUCAAGGUAUUUUUAACUUAAAGGUCUUAAAUACGGGCGGUGUUGAUUGUUGUGAGAGUGAAUUUAGGACUGCCAUUGAGAAAAUUCCUUGUAAAGGGGAUGUGUAUUUAGGAUUAUGUAGUCUUUCUGUGCUCAGCAGGAUUUGUCUCAUAAGGGGGAUUCUUACUGCAGUUUCUAGAAACUUGCUUAACACUCAUUUUACUGCUUUAAAUGGCUAUGACGUUGGAGAGGACGGGGGAAGGUGUGUUAAGACUAUAUUGUAUGAUGGAAUUUUGCCUGAGCUGUGCAAACACUGUGAGAGCCCUGUUGAUAGCCAUUUCAAUUUUCAUGCAUUGACUGUGAUGCAAAUUUGUUUGCAGCAGAUAAAGACAUCGAUAUUAUCAAAUAUUACUGAUCUGUCAGGAAACUAUGAUCCUAUUCCUGAGGAGAUGGGGAUGCGAAUACUCAGGAUUAUUUGGAAUAACUUGGAGGAUCCUUUGAGUCAAACGGUGAAACAAGUUCAUCUCAUUUUUGAUCUUUUCUUGGACAUUCAAUCAUCCCUCCGUUGGUCGGAGGGUGGUGACAAAAUAAACAAAUUUUUGCAGAAGAUUGGAUUGGAUCUUCUUUCACUAGGGUCACGAUGUAAAGGAAGAUAUGUUCCUUUAUCAUUACUAACCAAGAGGUUGGGAGCAAAGAAAAUGUUGGAUAUGAGGCCGGAUUUGCUAUUUGAGACAAUAGAGGCAUAUGUUGAUGAUGAUGUUUGCUGCGCUGUUACAUUAUUUCUCAAGUGUUUUCUUGAGUAUUUGCGUGAUGAGUACUGGGAAACUGAUGGCAUUGAAGGUGGGUAUGCUCUCUACAGAGGACUUUGUCUUCCCCCAGUUCUAUAUGGGCUAGCUUCUGGUUUCUCAAAACUUCGCACCAAUUUAAAUACUUAUACUUUGCCAGUUUUACUGGAAGUGGAUGUGGAUAGUAUAUUUCCUAUGCUUUCUUUCAUCUCUGUUGGGCCAAUUGGGGAUGAAAAUGGACUGCAAUAUCCGGAGGUUGUUUGUGCAAACUUGGAAUUGAGUCUGGAACAGAGAAUUGCAAUUCUAGUUUCAUUGCUCAAGGUAUCUCGGUCACUUGCUUUGGUUGAAGGGGACAUUGAUUGGUAUGAAAAUCCUUUUGCAAAUGAAAAAGAGCCUGGACUGGGAACAGAAAGCCAUGCUCUUGUGUGCAUAAAGGGAAUAAAUGUUAAGGUCCAUGUUCAGUGGCUAGUAAAUGCAUUGACCCACGUGGAUGAGUCACUACGUGUGGAUGCUGCCGAGUCUCUUUUCUCAAACCCCAAGACAGCUAGUCUGCCUUCUCAUUUAGAGCUUACUCUAAUGAAGGAAGCUGUGCCUUUGAAUAUGAGGUGUUGCUCCACAGCUUUUCAGAUGAAGUGGAGCAGCUUGUUUCGUAAGUUCUUCUCCAGGGUUCGAACCGCCCUGGAGAGACAAUUCAAGCAAGGUAGCUGGAACCCUCUUGGGCACAAUGAAGGUAAUGAAUUGCAUCAUUCAAAACGGAAUGGGGAAUUGCCAGUUGAAAGAGCUGAUCAUCUUUUUUGCUUUAUGAGGUGGUUGAGUGGCUUCUUAUUUUUCUCAUGCUAUCCUUCUGCUCCUUAUAAGAGAAAAAUAAUGGCGAUGGAUCUCAUCUUGAUUAUGAUAAAUGUUUGGCCUAUUAAGUCAUCAGUUAGCGAGGAAUUUAACAGUUCUUUGUUGGGGAAUCAUCUCUAUCCUUACAGCAAGGGAAUGACUUCAUCUGAUUCAACUCUAUUGUUAGUUGGAUCAAUUGUUGAUAGUUGGGACAGGUUGAGAGAAAGUUCAUCUCAUAUUUUACUCCAUUAUCCAACCCCACUACCUGGAAUUUCAACUGAAGAGAUGCUGAAAAAAGUAAUUGUUUGGGCUAUGAAAUUAGUUUACAGUCCACGUGUAAGAGAAAGUGAUGCCGGAGCUCUAACUUUACGGCUUAUAUUUAGAAAGUAUGUGUUGGAGCAAGGUUGGUUGAUUGAAGAUUCAUUCAAUGUUGUCCAUUUAAACUCGAAGUCUGAAUUGGUAAACGAGAAUAAUCAGUCAAGCAAAUUCAGGAAUCCUGUGAUCCUGUAUUUGAAAUCAAUGAUUGAUUGGUUGGAUGCUGGUGUAAAAUAUGGGGAACAAGAUCUUUCUAAGGCAUGCAAGAACAGCUUUGUCCAUGGUGUAUUACUAGCUUUACGUUAUACUUUUGAGGAACUGGACUGGAAUGCUGAUGUCAUAUCAUCUAUCAUUCCAGAGAUGAGAUACUUGUUGGAAAGACUUUUAGAGCUUGUGGUUCGGAUAACUUCAUUGGCACUAUGGGUGGUUUCUGCAGAUGCUUGGUGUCUGCCUGAAGACAUGGAUGAGAUGGUUGAUGAUGAUAUUCUUUUGUCUGAUAUUCCAGACAAUGAUAUACCUUCAUCUGAAAACGAGAACAGUAAUUCAAAGCCUUCUUGUGAUGCCAGAUCAUCGGAACAGGUUGUCAUGGUUGGUUGCUGGCUGGCUAUGAAAGAGGUUAGCCUUCUUUUGGGGACUAUCAUAAGAAAGGUACCAUUGCCAAGUAAUGCACAUUCGGAUUUAGCUGAGCUAGAGGGACCUUCUGUUGAUGCUGCAGGCUUUUCAUCUGAUCCUGUGCUUGGUUUAGAACAACUUCAAACAAUUGGAAAUCACUUUUUAGAAGUCCUCUUGAAGAUGAAGCAUAAUGGUGCAAUUGAUAAGACGAGGGCUGGGUUCACAGCACUUUGCAAUCGUUUACUUUGCUCCAGUGACCCAAGACUUCAUAGAUUGACAGAAUCCUGGAUGGAACAACUUAUGCAAAGAACUAUUGCCAAAGGACAAGUAGUGGAUAACUUGUUGAGAAGAAGUGCUGGAAUACCUGCUGCAUUUACUGCUUUGUUUCUCUCAGAGCCAGAGGGCACACCAAAGAAGCUCCUCCCUCGGGCAUUAAGGUGGCUUAUUGAUGUAGGUAAUGGGUCUAUGAUGAAUCAGAUUGAAAGUGAUAGCUUGAAUGGUGACCCAUGCAAGUCAAAUGGUUCAAUGGAAGGAAAUAGUUCUACACAGGAAGCUGAAAGACAUGUGAAACAGAUGUUGUCAAAGAUCAGAGAUGAGGGAGUCAUUCCUACUGUACAUGCAUUUAAUGUGCUAAGAGCUGCAUUCAAUGACUCUAACUUGGCUACUGAUACAUCUGGUUUCUCUGCUGAGGCUUUGAUUUUGUCCAUUCGCUCUUUCUCUUCACCAUACUGGGAGAUCAGAAAUAGUGCUUGUCUGGCUUAUACUGCUUUGGUUCGUCGCAUGGUUGGUUUCCUCAAUGUUCAUAAGCGAGAAUCAGCACGACGAGCUCUAUCCGGGCUUGAGUUUUUUCACAGGUAUCCAUCACUGCAUUCAUUUCUGUUCAAAGAGCUGGAAGUUGCAACAGAGUUUCUGGGUCCUGCGUCUUCAGGAGAUUUAGAAUCUGUCCGGGGAAAUAAUUUGCAUCCAAGCUUGUACCCAAUUCUGAUUCUUUUAUCUAGGCUUAAGCCUUCAUCAGUUGCUGGGGAGACAGGAGAUGAGCUCGACCCUUUCCUUCUCAUGCCGUGGAUUAGGAAGUGCUCAACCCAAAGUAAUUUGCGAGUUCGUAUUCUUGCAUCUAGAGCUCUAACAAGUCUGGUAUCAAAUGAGAAGUUGUCAUCAGUCCUUCUCAAUAUCGCAUCUGAGUUGCCCUGUGUGGAAAACCUAGUCAAAUCAUCUACUUCUCCAAUCAUUGUGUGUUCAACUCAUAGUUCCUACAGGAUUUCCUUCAACUUGAUUCAUGGAAUUCUCUUGCAGUUGAGUUCUCUGCUAGAGGCAAAUUGUAGAAAUCUUUCUGAUAAUUCAAAGAAAGAUCAUAUCGUCGGUGACUUGAUCCAAAUUCUUAUACCUCGUUCAUGGAUUGCAAGACCUACUCAUUGUCCGUGCCCUAUUGUCAAUGAAACAUUCUUAAGAGUUCUGGAUCAAAUGCUCAAUAUUGCAAGAACAUGCCAGAGUACAAAAAAUUUCUUUUCCAUUCGCAACCUGCUUUUGGAGUUGUCAAUAGAAUGCUUAGAUUUAGAAUCUUAUGGCCUGUUAUAUUAUGACCCAACCAUUGCUGAACUUCGUGAACAAGCAGCCAUUUCCUAUUUUGGUUGUUUGUUUCAAGCAUCUACAGAUGAGGUUGAGGCAAUCCAUUUGCCACCUAGACAUUCUCUUCCCAGUUCAAAAUCAUUGCCUGAACAUGAAAUGGAGAAUGCAUCCACUGGUCUUUUGGAUAGGUUGGUUCGCUGCUUGUCAGAUUCAUCAUAUGAAGUUAGACUCGCAACACUGAAGUGGCUGCUGAAGUUCCUGAAAACAGCUGAAUCUGGUAGUAAGCUCUGUGAUCUUUCGAUUAAUGAAAUCCGGGUUGUUCAGCUCUGGGCUAAAACUAACCUUCAUGGAACCUUGGUGAAGAUUUUGGCAUCAGAGAAGAACCACAAAUGUAUGAAUUACAUUCUGAGGGUCCUUGUAGCCUGGAAUUUGCUACAGUUUGAGAAAGCUAGUCAUGGCAAUUGCAUUGGCACAAAUUAUGUUGGUGAAAUGGACUUUGACUCUGUGUUGCAAUUUUGGAAUGAAUUAGUUUUCUUGUACAAGCAAACAAGACAUGCAAAGACCCGAGAAACUCUUGUUCACUGUCUCGGAGUAUGUGCUAAGAGAAUUAUGUUAUUUGCAACUUCUUUUCUAUACAAUGAAGGAGUGGGGUUUACGGUAUGUGGUGAAACUAAUCAGGAGGAGAUGUUUGGUUUGUUGUUUGAUUGCAUUGUUUUUUUCUGCAACAUGAUUAAACAAAAUAGUUCAUCAUCUGAACUGGCAAGUAUGCGCGGGGCAGCAGCUGGAUCCUUGGUAGCAUCUGGUUUGCUUGAGCAGGUUGGGCUACUCGGCUCUUUUGUUUCUAGUGACCAUAUUCCCUCAGGCAAUUCAUCUAGUCUUGCAAAAAAGGAAGCUGUGAAUUCAUAUGCUCAUCAUGUCCUUGAUGCAUGGUUCACAUGCAUCAAGCUUUUGGAAGAUGAAGAUGACUCAGUUAGAUUGAGGCUUUCCUCAGACGUUCAAAAGUGUUUUACUUCAGAAAGAACGAGAAGCAACCUUCCUCCUGGAUUGGUUCCAAUUCAAGUAGAUAGAGUGAUAAGAUUCUGUUUUGACCAUCUCUCUUCUACUUUUGGUCACUGGAUUGAUUACUUCAGUUUCCUCUGUCAAUGUGUAUUACAUGCUGAAAGCUAUGUAGCAUCCCAAAGAGAUCUCUUGAGGCGAGUUUUUGACAAGGAGAUUGACAACUUCUAUGAAGAGAAGCUUUUGAUCAGCCAAAUUUGUUGCUCCAAUAUGGAGAAGCUGCCUAUUUUAAAGUCCUGGGCUGACAGAGAGGACUUCAUGAGCUUUUUACAUGGAUGGAGAAAUAGAUUUUCCCAGCAUUUGGUGUCAUAUGCUGAAAAUCAUAUUGGGAAACAGGAAGGGAAUGAUUGGAUAGGAGGCAUAGGCAACCAUAAAGAUGCAUUUUUACCCGUGUAUACAAAUUUACUCGGUUUCUAUGCCAUUUCGAACUGCAUUUUCGUUGUUUCUGGCAAUAAUGAUGCUAAACUUCUAUCUGAUGCAGUUGUGCUUGGAACAGCCAUCAAUCCAUUUCUUAGAAACCCUUUGAUCUCUAACCUAUUUAUGUUAGUCCUAAAAUCACAUGAGAAAAUGACCGGCGGUGUUGCUGACAGCUUGUUCCCUGAGAUGAUUAAUUCUUCUACCUGGGAUAGUUUUAGUCCUUAUUUUCUUCUUGGCUAGGAUUUGUAUACUAGUUGUGGUUUCACAUGAUAAUUAUGCAGAGCAGUUGUAUCGAUGUAGUAGUACUGUAUUAUUUGUUAUGAAUUAUUACUUGGCACUGAUCAAACCUUGGAGGUCAUGGAUUGAUUAAUUGAUAAAUUUUUUUACCCUCAAUGAAAUUAUGGGUGAAAACUAUUUUCAAUGGCUGUUUCAUACCA